GAGAGCGUGCGAGAGAGAGAGAGAGCACGGGAGAGAGAGGGCGAGAAAGAGCAAGAGAGAGUGAGCGUGAGAGAGCGAGAGAGAGAGCGAGAACGAGAGCGAGAAGAGCGCGAGAGAGCGCGAGCACGAGAGAGCAAGCGCGAGAGACGCGCACGCGAGAGAGAGCAUGUGAGAGAGAGCGAGAGCACGCGCGGAGAGAGAGAGCGCGAG